GAGAAUAACCAAUCAGAUACCUGCUUUAGUGUCUAUCCCGCCUUUUCAGUGUUUCCUACUCAGCGGUCGUGGUGCUAGUUUACCUCAUACAACGAACUACUGAAGGGACCAUUCGCGGCAAUAACAUUAUAAUACAAACUCAGGAAUACUAUCAGUAGUGGGAUUUUUUUUAUAAAGGCAAUUUUACAAGUUAUUAUCGUGUAUUUGUAUCGGGCGGAUUCCGAGGUCGUCUUGUUCCUGGCUCUGUUAGCCGGCUAAUCUCCAGCGAGCGACAAAAUGGCUGAAUCGGACAAAUUAAACAUCGAUUCGAUCAUCCAGCGCCUUUUGGAGGUGAAGGGCUCAAGACCUGGUAAAAAUGUUCAGUUAACUGAGAAUGAGAUUCGUGGAUUGUGUCUAAAAUCUCGGGAAAUCUUCCUUAGCCAGCCGAUACUGUUGGAGCUGGAGGCACCACUCAAGAUUUGUGGUGAUGUUCAUGGUCAGUACUAUGACCUGCUCAGGCUUUUUGAGUAUGGAGGAUAUCCUCCAGAGAGUAACUACCUGUUUCUGGGAGAUUAUGUAGACAGAGGCAAGCAGUCACUGGAGACCAUCUGCCUGCUGCUUGCCUACAAGGUCAAAUAUCCAGAGAACUUCUUUCUUCUCAGAGGAAACCAUGAAUGUGCCUCCAUCAACAGGAUAUAUGGAUUUUAUGAUGAAUGUAAAAGGCGGUAUAACAUCAAGCUUUGGAAGACAUUCACAGACUGUUUCAACUGCUUACCAGUAGCUGCUAUUGUGGAUGAAAAGAUUUUUUGUUGUCAUGGAGGUCUUUCUCCAGACCUGCAAUCUAUGGAACAGAUCCGCCGUGUGAUGAGGCCCACAGACGUUCCUGACCAGGGUUUGCUGUGUGAUCUGCUCUGGGCUGACCCCGAUAAAGAUGUCAUGGGCUGGGGAGAAAACGACCGUGGUGUCUCUUUCACCUUUGGGUCUGAUGUUGUGGCCAAGUUCCUCCAUAAACAUGACAUGGACCUCAUAUGCCGGGCCCACCAGGUGGUAGAGGAUGGCUAUGAGUUCUUUGCUAAGAGGCAGUUAGUCACACUUUUCUCUGCUCCUAACUACUGCGGAGAGUUUGACAACGCAGGUGCUAUGAUGAGUGUUGACGAGACCCUGAUGUGCUCAUUUCAGAUUCUGAAACCAGCGGAGAAGAAGAUGUCGUCGUAUGGUGGUGCAGGAGGUUUUGGAUCUGGUAGACCUGUAACUCCUCCACGAAACGCAGCCAAGGGCGGCAAAGCCAAGAAAUAACAUCAACUACUGCAACGCGCCUAUACAUCCUGUCCAUCAUUCUACCUCUCCUUUUCCUUCUCCUUUUCAACUCCAAACACCAAAUCAGUGCAGGGCUUUUUUUAGCUGUCUCCAUCAAGACGAGACUGCUGGGAAUCUGAGCGGUCAUAUAUGUGUGCUUGACUGAAAUGCCCUUGGUGAAGUGUGUUGGUUUGUAUGUGAAACAACAGUGUAUUUGUAGAAAAUUGUUGUGCGAGUUUGUGUGUGAGGGUUUUUUUUCUAUGGUAACUGCGCACCUUUUACUGCGUUUUUUAGCUGUUUUGGUUGAUUUUCCUUCGAAUACAUCUUCACGUCUUCAGCCAUAACGUCAUAAUCCUUUUUAGGUCAUUUAUUGCACCUACAACACCCUUCUCGUCAGACCAAGCCUCAGGGUCCAGCUUUUUAUCCCCUCUGUGGGGCAGACUUUUCCAUUCCCCUCUAAAGCAAUCUGAAUGGAGGUGAUUGUGCAAAUCACUGCCAGUCUCUUUAAUGUGAAGCUUUGUCCAAGUGCGUGUCUGUUUACAGUAGUUAUUGACGGCACCCUGAACAUUUUGACACAUACCUAUUUUGGCGUAUACUUUGCUUCUUCAAACUGCACACUCAGGUAGUAUUUAGCCUGGCCUGUGGAAAUGCUCUGUUUUGGCUUUUUUUUUUUUUUUUUUUUGUGGGGUGGGAUGGGGGUCAGUUGUAGGGUGUUUUUUUUUGUUUUGUUUUUGUUUUGUUUUUUUAGGUUAAAAUCAUGCACGAUGUGCAAAUAAUACCAGGUGUGAAUGUCUGCAAAGUGGGUGCCAUUGCUGUUUCAGUUUAAAAUGCAGAAAUGCACUGUUCACUGAGUGAUUGUGGCUCUGUUCUAAUUUGUAAACUGCAAAGCUCACUUUUUUUCUUGUUAAAAGGACUUUUUUUUUUCUUUUUCUUUUUUUUUAGUAGUAGUAGUCAUGAAUUUAGCCAAUAAAGUAAGAAUCUGGUGCAAA